AUGUGGUCCACUUCCUUGUCAUCCAACCUAGCAGCUGCGUAUGCGGCGGGUGUUUUGUCGCUUGAGGGGGCGAUUGUCACGGCGUACUACCGUGGGUUGUACAUGUCUGCCGGCCUUGAAGCAGCAGACUGCAUCCCAGGGGCGAUGAUGGCGGUGGGACUGUCAGCAGCUCAGCUAAAGGUUGAGUUGGGGGCGUAUGCAGACCGGCUCACUAUCGCGGCUAUCAACAGCCCUUCUAGCGUGACGGUGUCGGGAGACUUGGACGCAGUCACGGAGUUGAAGGAGAAGUUGCUUGCUCGGAAGGCGUUUGCCCGGCAGUUGAAAGUCGAGCAAGCUUUUCACUCGCACCAUAUGGCUCCCAUGGCUCCGCGGUAUCAGGCCGCGCUGGAGGGGAGGCAGUUAGUUGUUUGUUCGCAGAAGCCUACCGCUAGGAUGUUCUCUAGUGUCACUGCCCGUAUCGUCUCCGACUCCGGGUCGCUCGGGCCGGGGUACUGGGCAGCAAACAUGGUCCAACCAGUUCGGUUCUCUGACGCUCUCACUGGAGCGGUUCUGGAUGAGGAGGAGAAACCAACAGUGGAUAUCCUUCUUGAAAUUGGCCCUCACCCAGCCCUCAAAGCUCCCGCUAAAAAGUCCUUAAACUACUCGGGCUAG